AGCGAGAACACAUUUGUCACUGUGCUUCUGAGCAACUUGGGUGACACUUCCGGGAAAGCUCUGCACUGGUCCAAAUGGCACAGGUCCUGUACGUGGCAUUUUUUUCUCUUCUUCUGGCUAAGCUCAGCACUGGCCAGAGAGAAGUAACAGUUCAGAAAGGACCGUUGUAUAGAGCCGAAGGUUACGCUGUCAGCAUUGGCUGCAACGUAACUGGCUACCAGGGACCUUCGGAGCAGCACUUCCAGUGGUCUGUGUACCUGUCCGCUGCCCCAGCCCGGGAGAUACAGAUCGUUAGCACCAGCGACGCCGCCUUCUCCUACGCAGUGUACGCACAGCGGGUGCAAAGCGGAGACAUCUACAUAGAGAGGGUGCGGGGAGACUCGGUGCUCCUGCACAUCUCAAAGCUCCAGGUGAAGGACGCAGGCGAGUAUGAGUGUCACACCUUGAACACCGAUGAGAGGCAGUGGGCUGGGCAUAUUCUCAUCAUUCCCUUGUUUCCAGUUAUUCCAGAUACUCUCUCUGCCACCAUGCGCUCCCAGACUCUCAGUAAGGAGGAAGGCGAACCCUUAGAACUUAUCUGCGAGGCCUCCAAAGCCACGGCUCAACACACCCACCUCUCUGUCACCUGGUACCAGAUGCAGCAAGGCGGAAGCAGCCCACCCACCCUGAUUAUUUCCCUCUCCAGAGAUUUUACAUUGACCCCUGGGCCUUCCUACGUGGAGAGGUUUGCGGCCGGUGACUUGCAGCUCACCAAGCUGGGCGUCUCUGCCUUCAGGCUGUCCAUAGGCCGACUCCAGCCCUCAGACCAAGGCCAGCUGUUCUGUGAGGCGGCUGAGUGGAUUCAGGAUCCAGAUGAAACCUGGAUUUCCAUUACAAAAAAGCAGACAGAUCACACUACGCUGAGAGUCCAGCCAGUAGGGAGAGAUCUACAGGUCAGCAUCAUUGCUGAGAGCGCUUUUGCUGAAGGGAAACCUUUGGAGCUGGUUUGCGUGGUGGUGAGCAGUGGCCAGAACCCGCAGCUGCAGGUCAUCUGGUUCCUCAAUGGGACAGAAGUAGCCCACAUUGAUGCCGGUGGAGUCCUGGAUCUGAAGAAGCCCUACAAAGACAGAGCAAGCCAAGGACAGCUGCAGGUUGCGAAGUUAAGCCCCAAGACUUUCUCCUUCAAGAUUUUCUCUGCAGGCCCAGAGGAUGAAGGCACCUACACAUGUGCGGUGACCGAGGUAGUGAAGACGCCAGUGGGCUCCUGGCAGGAGCUGCAGAGAAAGCAGUCACCAGGCAGCCAGGUGCUCCUGAAAGGGCCAGCAGCAAGACGUGUGGUUGUGUCUACCGAGCAGCAGGCAGUGUGGGAAGGAGAACCGCUCACCCUUCUCUGCAAGACAGAUGGAGCUGAGAGUCGGCUGUCCGUGAGCUGGUGGCACAUCCCACGGGACCGCACCAUGCCCAUGCUUGUAGCUGGCAUGGGGCAGGAUGGCACUGUGCAGCUGGGUGCCUCCGGCAGGGGUCCAAGAAGCCACGGCGACACCAGGCUGGACAAAGUGGACUGGGCUACCUUCCGGCUAGAGCUCACCCUCAGCACGGUCAUGGAGAGUGGGGUGUAUGAGUGUAGGGUGUCUGAGAGAACCCAGAAGCGGGCUGGAGAUCGGUACUGGGCUCACAAUAUUUCGGUGGCUGUAAAAUCUCUAAAAUCGAGUUUACAAGUUAACCUGAUGAGCCGCCAGCCAAAAGUAGAGUUAAUGGACACCCUCAACCUGUCCUGUAUAGUGAAGACCACCUACUCUGGCCCUGCACUGCCGCUUACCGUGACAUGGUGGUUCCAGCCAGCCGGGUCUCGAGUCUUUCAUCAGAUAAUUCAAAUUGCCCAUAAUGGCACAGUUGAAUGGGGAGAUUUCCUGUCCCAUUUCUCUAAGAAGACAAAGGUUUCUCAGGCUUCGUAUCGGUCUCAACUCUUAAUCCAUGAUUCCACUGGGGAAGAGUCAGGCCUGUACCAGUGUCAAGUGGAAGUCUAUGACAGAAAUUCCCUAUGCACAAACGAUGCAGCCAGGGCUUCUGUCUCCUCUCACCCACUGGGAAUAUCUGUCACUUUACCAGAGAGAAAACUAAGACUGAAUGCAAGCCGUCAAUCCCAGGAGAUCUCCAUUACUUCCAAUACAGUAAUAGAGUGUAGCGUCGUGUCCCAGCACACUCGAAACCUCCAGCUAGCCGUGACUUGGUAUUUUUCUUCCACUUCCACUAGUAUGUCUUGGCUGAAGAUCUUGGAAAUGGACCAAACCAAUGUUAUCAAAUAUGGGGAUGAAUUUCACACCCCACGGAGAAAACAAAAAUUUCACUCUGCGAAAAUUUCCCAGAACUCAUUUCAGCUGCACAUUCUGAGUGUGGAAGACAGUGACCAGGGCGUAUAUUGUUGUGAGGUGGAGGAAUGGCUCCCGUUUACAAAUGGCACCUGGCAGAAGCUUGGAGGCCAGAGGUCAGGACUGACAGAACUGAAGCUCAAGCCCACAGGAAGCAAGAUACAUAUCUCCAGAAUUUACCUGACUGAAAAUGCCACUGAGCGUGGAAAUGUGGACAUCCACUGCAGCCUUGAGGACUCAGGGGGCUCCAGCGCUCUGUACUCUGUGACGUGGUUGUGGAGCCGAGGAGACACCGGGCGUCACAUGCUGGUGCGACUGCAGCACGACGGCUUGCUGGAGUACGGGGACGAGGGGCGCAGGCGACACCUGCACUGCUACCGUUCGUCUCCUACGGACUUCGUCCUGGAGCUGCAUGAGGUGGCGGAGGAGGAUGCUGGGAGGUACUGGUGCAGCGUGGCUGAGUGGCAGCUGCAUGGCCACCCGGGCAAGUGGGUCAGCCAAGUAUCGGAUGAGUCACAGUCAGUGGUGCUCAGAGUGCUGCCAUCAGAGCCCACGUUUCCUGACAGGAUCUGCUCCUCAGCACCUUUACUCUAUUUCCUAGUCAUCUGCCCUGUUGUCCUGGUUGGCCUCCUGCUGCUUUCCCUCCUCUGCUUAUACCAGAAGGCCAGGAAGUUGUCAAAGGAGAGUGUCAGCACACAGCGAGAGUCUCUCUGGGUAGGCAUGAAAGGGGCCGGAGGCUGGACCCCAGACAGGAGAGAAGAGGAAGAGGAAGAUUAGCACAACUCAAUCCUGAGAGGUGCUGCGGCUGGCGUGUGGUGCAACUUUUGAACUGGACUGGCUUGGGCAUGAAAGAAUUGUAAUUGUAAUUCUGUCCUUUACGUGUCUGGGGUUCUGGGCAUGUCACACGGGCUCACGAGGAACAUUUAGUGAGCACGUACGUGCUGCCUGACAUUUAACUGCUUCUCUGUGUAUUAAAUUGCCCACCUGGUGUAGCUUCAGGAGUAGAGACUGUCAUUGUCCUAGCGCCUCCCUCCCACAGCCCAGGCCCUCACACAGCGUAGAGAAGCGGACGAGCUCCUAAGACAGCGUCCGGGAUGGUCCUACACCUCUCCUGCAUCACUGAUCCUCCUGCAAACACCGGCUCCGGGUGAUCUUUUUGCUCGUGAUAAGAAACAUAGGAAUGAGUCUGAUGUCAGCCAGGCAAAAGGAAUUGGGAACACACUCUUGUUUACUUCAAACCUGUCUCUGCAACCAGAACGUAACUUCUUUCCAGGGAGAAAUCCAAUUAUUUUCCCCUCGCUCAUCUACAAAUGUCCACUUGACGGCGUAAGAGUAGGAGAGUCAGU